CCGCUUGGCAGUCUGUCCUCAGUCCCUCCCGGUCGCUCAGCUGUGCGUCACAUGUCGGGCGCCGCGAGUCCUUCUCCCGUGCGGAUCGCAAUUAGACAUACGACUCCAACGACCCGGCCAGGACGCCGUCUAGCACCGGAUCUCCGUCUAACGUCGGCGCGCGUCAGCCACGUAUUAUUAUGCUGUCAGCCGUGUGCACGCCAACGCAUCGCCACGAAUCGAUCACGAAGUGCCUCGAAUAUGCGGACGGCGUGACGAACGCGGGCGACGGUGCACGCCGCUUUGUUGAUACGCUGAGUUCUGUGUUCAGGCCACGGAGGCCGCCGCGUCCCUCCAGCGUCUAAAGAGAGGGAUCCCCCCGCGGGAUCGCCGUGCCCUACGACGUAGCGCGACCGACACCCUCCUUCCCUUUCCUUCGCAGCUUUUAAACUCUACCAUCGUCGCCGGUAGAGGCGACGGCGUGAUUGGUGCGUGGCGACGAAAAGCCGAUCGGUACGAUGACCUAAAGCGAUGAAAGAAGGAUAGAGUGGACGAAAGAGAGAGCGAAAGAGCCUUCUUGGGAUUCGCUCGUGGGAUCCAUCGUGUACGGUCGACGGUCGGCCUCCGAAUUUAAAAAGACCGACUUCUCGUAUUUCUGGGGGGGGGAUUUCGCCAAUCGUUAAAUUUCGGAGCACGUGUUGUAGGCGUGUGUAUGUCACUCUCGCAUCGUGAAUCUUGAACUGCUGCUACUGCGUUGCAACGCGCGCGUUAUUCUCAGACGUGAUUCUGUGGAUCCGUGCGUUCGUCCGACGAACACUGUCGAACGUCGCGACGAGGACGUGAGAGAAAGAGAAAGUGUCGCGAGUGAACAAGAGCGAGCGUGAGGGGCAACAGAAGUGUCGAAUCCGCGUGAAUGUUUCGCGCCGUGUCACGCGCCGCAACGGGACUUCCCGCGAGGAAACGAUCGACGAGAACGAUCGAGUGAUCCUCCAUCGCGAAGAGGAGGAAGGGGAGAAAGGGAGGACGAGAGAAGACCGGUGGAGAGAAAGAGAAAGACACAGCGCAAGGUAUAAGGAUCCUCCUGAUCUGUGCGAAACCGAGUGAUAGCGUCGGCUCGUAGAAGCUGCGAAUAAUGUCGACGGGCAAGAGGCUGGCGAAACGCAGCAUAAUCGGCACCAGGGUGUGCGCUCCCGGCCAGGACGGCAAGUAUUACAGCGGCGCCAUUUGCGCCGUGAAGACGCCGCAGGCCGCCGAGUCGCCGGGCCAGAAGAGCGUCACGCCGAAGACCCUGUAUUCCGUGCGCUUCGACAUCACGGGCGGCAGCCCGCCGCCGAGCCCCAAGGAGUACUCGGACCGCGAUUUGAUCGGACCCGGCUUCGGCUCCGUCACCAGCGCGCGGCUGGUAACCGGCCAGAAGGUUUAUCUAACGUACAACGGUAGGGAGAUCCACGCGGAGGUCACGGAACAUCGCCAGCAACUCGACGAGGUGGACGUGGUCAUUGCCCCGAACGGGCAGGAGGGUACUAUGAGCCUAACCAAACGCAUUGACGAAAUCAGGUUGCUCGAAUCACGUAAGAGUGCUCGACUGGCCGAUCAGGACACCGAUUUCGCCAGGCUCGCAGACAUGGCUGGAGAUCGCAAGCGAGCAUCUUCCCACUCCAUCGACGUGCCACACGUGAUGGCAUCCAGGAAACGACGGCCAAGCUCGAACAAUGAUUCCGAACGGACGUACAGCGGUUGGGGCGACAGGUUGGGGCUCUGCGGACGUGAGGGUUGUCGCGUCAACGAACGCGGUGAUUGCAUGGACGAAUGCGCUGCCGCCCUGGUCCUUAUGUCGCUCUCAUGCUCACCUCACAGUCCUCACAACCCCGCACUUCACUGCCAAUACAAUUACGGUUCCUGGGGGAGUCGUGGAGGCGGAGGCGGCGGCAUGGUCGCCGGCUCACCGGGAGUCGGCGGUAUGUCAAACAGCAGCAGCAGCAGCGGGGCUUCCUGGCGAAGCGGCACCCCCAGCCCGCCUCUCAGCGAGGAGGGUGUACCGACGAGGAGCUCCCCGUGCCCGGCGGCCCCGCAUCCCUCGCACAAUCAACCGCAUUAUCCCUACAACGCGUCCGGCUCGUCGUCGAGCAGCACCCCGGGCUCGACCACGCUAGAUGAGGGAAUAGUGCCCGACUAUAUCGAGGAGCAGCAUCCACGUAAGAAGAUUCGAGCGAAAGUCAACCAGGACCCGAUCGAGACUGAGCCGAGCACUUUCGAGAGCGAACAGGUAAGCCCGAUUUCCGCCCGUUCUCCGCGUAAUUGGAUAGCCGCCCGCGCUGCCACGCGCUCGCGGAAAUCUCGCAGGUGCGAAAUUGCGAGCGCGACUCCUUCUUAA